UUUGUGAGCAUUCAAUUUGUAUUACCCGGUGAUUAUCCUCGCGGGUGGUGGACAGUGAGGGUUAAAGCACUUCAACAGAUUGAGGAAAAAAAAAUACUAAUCGAGCGCUGGUUUACCAAUCGGUUUGACGUAAGCGUUUCGCUGCCGGCUUUUAUAUCUCAGUCCGACACUUAUAUCGAGGGCACAGUCUAUGCAAAUCACACCAAUCUAUUGCCAGUUGUGGGAAACCUAACCAUAAGAGUUAUAAUGAAACCCGAGAAGAAAGAGAUUAAUUGGCGUCAAUUGAACGGCGAUUACGAUAAUUACAACUCUUAUACGGAAAACGAUAUUUUUGAAGACAUACUUAAGAUCGAAACCGUCGAUCAGUUUAAAGGAGAGUAUAGUUUUCAGUACGAACUGAGAGAUCUGUUCGCCGCACAUCUGUCCACACCUUUUCUCAACAAAGAGAUAGUGAUCUUCGUUGAGAUCGGCGAACGAUUUUUUGACCAAAUAGUGACCGGAUAUGCGAGAACUCGUAUCGUUAACUCAACACUUGUGCUCCGGUUUCUGGACAAUCAGCCCGCGAUCUUUAAGCCCGGCCUUCCCUUCGAGACAUAUAUAGCCGUUUCGUACAGCGAUUCCGUGGCCUUUCCGGCGGAUAUGAUUCCCCUCUCAGAGCUUUAUAUAACGCCUUCAUUCGCGCUCAACAAAGACACGACAUUCGGACAAAUAGAGCCGUUGAGCAAAGAUCUGGUCGACAACACACUGAAAGUGGACCUGAGUCUGGAGGGCGUCGCCAAAAUCAGACUCAAACCGCCGCAUAAUAUCGAUAGAUUCACAUUAAAAGCUCGUUUCAUUACCGCCGGUAACGCCGCCCACACAGAACUCCGGGCCAUCUCUUUCUACUCGUCAACCAAUCGUAUGCUUUAUAUCACGACGAGUACCGAAAGCGGACAGUCGGGAGAAUACGGCAUAUUUCACGUCUACGCAAACUUCUAUAUGAAAGCGUUUAACUAUUUAGUCGUUUCCAAAGGCAAUAUUCUGGUCACUGGAGAAGAGCUGGUGUCCGGAAUGUUGAGAUCUGUGACCACGUUUUCGGUGUCACUAUCGCCAGAAAUGGCUCCCAAUUGUAAUGUCAUUGUAUAUCAUAUUACAAGAGAUGGUGAGAUAAUUGCCGAUAGCGUCAGUCUCCCCAUCCAAGGCAUAAAUCGGGCGCCACUUAAGCUUAAGGUGAAUCUAAAUCAGGAUCGAUCGGGAAAUGUAAUCGAGUUCAUCCCAUACCUCUCCAAAGCAUCUAUUAUUGGUCACAACGCAAUCGAUGCUGACUUAGAGGAUAUACAAGGGUUUAAUGAUAUCACGCGAGCGAAUGCAGAGAUCGCUAUCAGAAAGUUUGAAACAAAACACAAAAAGAAAGUUAUAUUAAAAACCAGAGAAGGAAUCGAUGAGAAGGCGCUCUACUAUUUGACACACAAUACCGCCAGGGAUUCCGGCUCUACCUUUGCAUUCAAUACAUUGAUUGUGUUCACAAACAUGAAGAUAUCGUUGACAUCCAAUCGCUGUAAUCCUGACUUAUCUUAUAACCAAACGCUUCAGAAUCAGUUCCAGAGACCGGUUACGAUCCGAAAUGACUUCAAUACCGCAACUUUCCUAUCGUUGAUGUGUCUGUCGGGCAAUCAGUGCUAUGAGAUUCACCAGCAAUGCGACGGAACCAAAGACUGUGCCGACGGAAGCGAUGAAAUGCAUUGCGAAAUAGUGGACACAAACAGCACAAUAAUUUCCGAUUUUAUAAUUUACCGAAAGAAUCGAAACAAUUAUUUUUAUUUAGCGAAUGGCGACAACUUUGCCUGGACUGACACAUUCACCAGUUAUAAUCCGGAUAAUUAUGUGGGCCUAACAGUGCCUCAACGGCCAGUCAACUGGCGUUUCAACGCUAUAGGUGUCGGAGAGAGCACCGGCUUCUCUAUAAUGGAUGAAUUUGUUUACUGGAAUAGUGUCCGUCCCUUCUUCAUCACAGUGGAGGCCCCGUCUGUUGUGGUCUUAGGGGAACAGUUGGGUAUAAGAGUGGCCGCAUUCAACUAUCAGCCCUAUGAGAUCAGAGCGGACAUCAUAUUAGAAGAAUCACUGGAUUAUCGUUUCGUUGAAGUGGGACCUAUGGGUCGGGUGUCCUCUUAUUCGCCCAAAACAUCGGGUGGUGUUCAUCAACACCUCAUUUAUAUCAAACCUCAUUCAUCAUUCUUAGUGCCCAUACCUGUUGUGCCAACCACUAGAGGAAAGAUCAAGAUUAUCAUCACUGGUCGCACACAAGUGGCUAAAGAUCAAAAAGUGAUAGAAGUGGAAGUGUUGGCCGACGGCGCACAGGUAUCUCUGCACACAUCCAUGCUUUUGGAUCUGAGAGCGCAGUCGUAUAUUAUUAAAUACUUGGACAUGAAUGUGACCGAAGAUCCCAUUAUUCCAUACCAAGACAUCUACCGUCGCUAUAUGUUUGGUUCGCCAAAAGCGUGGGUAACAGUGAUCGGGGAUGUGGUGGGAGUGCCCGCCAAACUCAACCCCAGAAUUGAUUUCACAAACUUAGGCAUUAAAUAUACGGCAAAGUCCGGAGAGUUGAGACUUUUUGACUUCGCGUACCGACUCUAUACACUCAUAUACCUAAGACUGACCAAUCAGUUGGAGGACAGCGACAAACAGGAACUGUCCAAACAAAUACUCGAAGAAUUGAAUCGCGAUUACGUCCACCAAAUGACUUUCUAUAAGGACGGGUCGUUCGUAAUGUUUGACAUGAGUUAUACGCAAAGCUCGGUUUGGCUGACGGCAUACGCGGCCAGAGUCUACUUUGACGCCCAGUUCGACGAUUGGCAUAAUUUCAUUUACAUCGACCCAAAUGUUAUUUACAAUUCAAUUGAAUACAUCCUCAAGCGUCAGAUUAUAGACGUCCGGAGCUAUGAUGAGGGCUCCUUCUAUGAAGACAUGACAUUCAGGAACUGGUCGUCGCCCCGUCUGACGCCCGUCGCUCUCACGGCCCACGUGUUGAUAACGUUAGUCAAAGUGACAGAUUUGGGUGUUUACGGCGAUUUAGGCGUCAAAAUAUCCAACGCCAAGAAAUCGGCGGUUAAUUUCUUGGAGAGACGCCUCCAGACCAUUACAUCUCCCUAUGAGAUAGCGAUCGCAACCUAUGCUCUGAUGAGCGCCGGCAGUCCGGACGCGAAGUUUGGUUUUAAUCAAUUGGAGUCAAUGAAGAGAUCUACCGAAGGAAUGAUCUAUUGGUCUGCCGUCGAGAUAAAACCUCCGGGUCUCAUAUACCAGAGUCAGAGACCAUUUAUUCAGCCCCGGAAUCCGCAGUCUUACGAAUCGCUUGCAGUUGAGGGAACCGCUUAUGCGUUAAUGAUUUACACGGGUUUUGGUGGUAUAAUUCAGGAUCAAAUCGUCAAAUGGUUGACUUAUAUGAGACAAUACGACGAGGGAUUUGUUACAACAUUUGACACUAUAGUUGCGGUUCAGGCGCUCACAGACUUUUCGUUCCGAACUCACGUCCGAUCCAUAACUAAUAUGAGACUCGAAGUGGAGGCCUCUUCUAAUCCAGAGAUCACCACAACUAUAGGCAUAUCGCAGAACAAUCUGACAAAUCAGCAAAUCAUAAACAUUGAGCCAAACGUAUGGGGAUUCGUGUCGGUGACGGCCAAAGGCGCGGGUCUGGCCAUCGUUCAGUUGACCACUCAAUACAAUGUCGACCAAGAAUUCCAAUUACUGCAGCCGUCGGUCAACGCGUUUGACAUCAGCGUUGACCUCAAGUUUUCGGGUCGAAACAAAUCGCGAGUAGCGGUCAAGUCAUGCGCCAAAUGGACGUUAACUCGAUUGCGGAAUACCAGCGGAAUAGCGGUCAUGGAGUUAACACUACCGACCGGUUACUGGCAGAACAAGGCUCUCAUCGAUCGCUACGUCCAGCGCCGCUCUGUUCCCCGACUAAGUCAGGCCAAAGUGAUGCCCCGAUCCGCUACUUUUAUCUUCGAUUACCUCGACAACAAUUGGAGUUGUGUUGAGUUCUCGAUUGAGAGAUGGUUUCCCGUCGCGAACCUCACGCGUUGGCUCAAAGCCCGGGUCUAUGAUCUCUAUGAACCAGAAUUUUUCAAAGAGGAAAUAGUAGACGACUUCGCUCUCUAUGCCCUUCAUAUCUGUGAACUAUCAGUGCCCUUACUGUCCAUUCUUUAG